AUGUCAUUAGCCAUUGCAGAUUGUCUUGUUGCUAUACUUGUCAUGCCGAUGGGAAUGAUUGCAGAAGUAUUAGGCCAUUUUCCAUUGCCACAUUAUGCCUGUAUUAUUUUCGCUACAAUGGAUGUAUUAUGUUGUACAUCAUCUAUAUGGCACAUGAGUACAAUGUCAAUGGAUCGUUAUUUUACAAUUCGUUUUCCCUUUCGCUAUGGCAGAAAUAAAACUCGUCGUAUUAUGUUACUUAAAAUUAUUGCCGUUUGGGCAAUAAGCACAGCUGUAUCAUCUCCAAUAUUUGUUUUAGGUCUUGUUGAUAAAAAGAAUGUUUUAUCAAAUGGUGUAUGUGCACCUAAUAAUGAAUCAUUUAAAUUAUAUGGUUCAGUUUUUGCUUUUUAUAUUCCAUUUAUAAUAAUGAUAACAACAUAUGCAUUAACAAUGCGUUCUUUAAGAAAUGUUUUAGUUAAUAAAAGAAAAUUUAAUCGUGAAAGACGUCGAAAACAAACAUUUCAACCAUUAGCACAAAUUGUUAAUCAAUAUGCUGCAAUAGCACAAAGUAUUCGACGUACAGCAUCAAUAAACAACUCAGCAACAGUAUCAACAACAAAUACCAAUAAUAAUAAUAAUAAUAAUAAUGAUAAUAAUAACAAUAAUAAUAAUAUCUCUCAUUUAAAUAAUACAUCUUAUUCAUUACUAACAACUACAACACCACGAGAUUCACGUACACAAAGUCUUCGAUCAAGUAAUUCAGAUUUAAAUUUAAAACAAGUUUCAAAUAAUAUUCAAUAUGGUUCAAUAAAUAUGCCAAAUAGAACAAAUAUAAAUAAUGAACUUAUUCAUAAUAAUAAUCAACAUUUAUCUAUUAAUUAUACUAAGCCAAGUGGAAGUAAAAAAAGACAUUAUUAUCAUUAUCAACAACAACAACAACCAUUGACAGGGAACACAGGAAUAAAUCGUAUAAAAAAUGAUCAUGAUAUGAGUACUGUUUUUGAAAUAGCUGAAUAUUCAAAAUCAACAUUAAACUCACAUGAUGUUACACCAAAAACAAGCAACUGUACAUGUCAAAGAUUAAAUGUUACAAACGAAAAGAAGCAACAACGACUGUUAAAUGCAAUUGACAGUAUAAAACAACAACAAAUGCCAAAUACAACAACGAUAACAUCAACUAUCAGCACAAUAUCACCAAAUGAAGUAGAUAUUUGUUCGAUAACAGAUAUUGAUAGUGGAACUGAAACCAAUGAUUUAAAUUCCAUUGAAAUAGUUCCUUCAACAACAUCUAUUCAUUCGACUUCACUUAAUUCUACUGACUUCAUGUCUUUAAUAAUUCCAUGGCAAUAUUGUUUUACUCUAAUUCAAUAUAUUCUACAAUAUUAUCUAUUUAUUUUUCCUUAUCGAUCACGUCCUUUAGCAAUUAAAUAUAAAUUUAAUGAAAAUGAAUUUAAUAAAAGAUCUUCUAUAUUAUUACAUCAAUCAACAUCAACAUCAUCAAUAAAUGCAAUAGUAAGAAAAAAUUCUCAAUCGGUGUCAACACAAACAAAUUCUCUUCUACCAUUAGAUUUAUCUAAUACUCAUGGAAUUAAUAACAGUGAAACUCAUUUAUAUAGUCCUACUAAACGACAUCAAUUUUCAUUUAAUAGAACGAUAUUACCUUCAUCAUCUUUAUUUACAAAACUUUUUCGUCAAUCAUCAACAAUAUUAUUAGGUUCACGUGUAAAUUCAACUAAAUCAUCAAUAUCAUUGAAUCAACACUUACCUCUAGCAUCAUCAUCAUCUCUAAUACGUCAACAAUCUCCACAUCAUCAUCGUUCAUCUAGUGUGUUUCGUCCAAUUGAACAUGAAAUGAAUUAUAUUUUAGAGAAUGAUCAUCGUCCUCGUGCAGCAUCAUCUUCUGUUCUAUUACAUACAACAUACCAUCGAAGAAACCAUGCAUCUUUACGUGAACCUAGAUCAUUAAAACGUCGACAACAAUAUCAAUCUAGUUCAGGUUAUUUUUUAACAUAUUCAAAUCGAUACACUUUACGACGACAACAACAACAACCAUUUACUUCAUCAACAAAUACAAAUUCAUCUGAUUCAUUAUCAGUUUUUCAACGAAUAAAUUCAAAAUAUUUUUCAACAAUGUCAAAUCAUUCACAACAACAUCAAACUCAAUCACAACGUUUACGUGAUGAACAUAUUGUUGCAGCUAAUGAACGAAAAGCUUUAAAAGUUUUAUUAAUUAUAUUUUGUGUAUUUGUAACAUUAUGGACACCGUUUUUUAUUUGUACAUUUAUAUCGGCUAUAUGUGAACAAUGUCGUCAACGUAUAUCAUCAACUGUUUGGUUUUCAAUAACAUGGCUUGGCUAUAGUUCAUCAAUGGCUAAUCCAUUUAUUUAUACAAUAUUUAGUGAUGCAUUUCGACGUGCAUUUACAAAUAUUAUUUUUUGUCGACCCAGUGAUUCAUUAUUUCCAAAACAAUUUUCAGCUAAACUAUCAUAUCAAAAGAGUGCUGUUCCUCAUCAACCAAUUCAUCAACAAUUAUCAUAUAGAAGAAAUCCAAAUCGUGAAUUUUCAAGAACAUCAACACAAAUAUCAUUACACCCUCAAACAUCAAAUGCUGGAAGUGAUGCAACAAUAUAUAUUAAUCGAUGUGCAUCAGAAUCAUUUCGGUAA